AUGACGUCGAUUAAGCCAUUUGAAAUGAACGACCUCUUCGACCUCAAUCCGGUCAACUUAGACCCCUUCACUGAAAACUUUAAUCUCCUGUUUUACCUUCAGUACGCUACUCAAUGGCCCGAUUUGUUCUUCAAAUCUGUAGAGGAAGCCCCAGAGUUCAGUCCAAAGAUAAGUGGAUACAUGAUGGGCAAAACCGAAGGACAACUAGCGAAAAAAGAAUGGCACACCCACAUCACAGCAGUCACAAUCAAUAGAGACUACCGGAGAAUAGGGCUUGCCUCCGAUCUCUGUUUGCAUUUGGAGAGAAUCACCGCUGUAGAGCCAUACCGAACACUUUUCGUGGAUCUUUUCGUCAAAGUGACCAAUAGUGUGGCAAGACAACUAUAUGAGAAAUUGGGAUACUCGGUUUAUCGCAGGGUGAUUGGCUACUACGGCUCAGUUUACCCUACAGACAGAAACAAGCCAAAUGACGACUUAGAUGGGUUUGAUAUGAGAAAAGCACUCCCUAGAGACGUGCACAAAGAGACUGUCAGAGACGAUGGAGAGAAGCACUAUGUGUUGCCAGAUGAAGUUGUAUUCUAG